AUGAUGGAAUCAGAUUCAACAAUCGUUCAAAUGAAUAAUGAUGAGAAAAUUUAUUAUGAGAAAGUGGAUGAAUAUAUUAAUUCAUUAGAUAAAAAGUUUCGUGAAAAAUGUGUUAUCAAACAACAAGUUUACGAUGAUAUCCUGAAAUGCUUACUAUUACCAAAAGGUUCACCACCUGAUGCAUAUUCAUCAACAUUUGUUUAUUGGGGGCACGCUACUGUCUCACAUGGUGGUCGUGAAAAGACUUGUUUUGAAUUAAAUUUGCAAUAUUCGUGGAUUCCUCGAUUUUGUGUUGAAAUAUUCUUAAAACAAUGUCUACCAUGUCAAACAAGAAAACCACUUAAACAACAUGUCGUCUCAAAACCUAUUAUUUCAUUAGGAGUAAUGCACGCCUCCUAA